UGUGAUUAUAAAAAGUUGAACUAAAAUUUGUUUGAAUUGAAUGUGAAUGUUUUUAUUAAAUGCAGCUUUAGCACUGCAUGACUUGUACAAUGCCCUAAAAAAGCCAAAGCAGCUUAAGGGUUGGACGGCAGAAGGUGGAGAUCCCUGUGAACAAUCUUGGACUGGAAUCGAAUGCUCUGGCUCAUCGGUCAUACAUAUCAAACUGCGUGGACUGGAGCUUGAGGGAUACCUUGGUGGCCUGCUUUUCAAUCUCCACAGCUUAAAACACUUGGAUAUUAGCUCAAAUCGAGUAGGAGGAAUGAUCCCAGAUGGCCUUCCACCUAAUGUCACCUACUUGAAUUUGUCAGAAAACAAAUUUUUGCUGAGCAUUCCACAGACCCUUUCUUUCUUGAGAAACUUACGACAUCUGAAUCUCAGUCACAACAUUUUAUCUGGACCCAUUGGAAGUGUGUUCAAAGGUCUUGACAACUUGAAGGAAAUGGAUCUAUCAUACAACAAGUUCAGUGGAGAUCUACCGAGCUCAUUUGCAUCUCUGACAAAUCUUACCAAACUGUAUCUGCAAAACAAUGAACUCACUGGUUCAGUGGUAUACCUGGCUGACCUAUCAUUGAUUGAAUUGAACAUUCAGGAUAAUCAUUUCAGUGGCAUCAUCCCACAGCAUUUUCAAACCAUUACGAAUCUAUGGAUUGGAGGAAAUAAUUUCAGUCGAGUUGCCUCUUACUCUCCAUGGAAUUUUCCUUACGAUAAGGUCCCCAGUGAGCAGAAUAUUUCUAGUCCGCCAAUAGCUGAGUCAAGCGCCAUAGAAAAGAAUCCUUCUAGGGGAACACAACAGCAGCACAAGAGAAAGGGGAAGGCCUUAGGAAUAAUAGCUUUAGGAGUUGGAGGAGCAGCCUUCAUUUUGACUCUUCUGGGAGUUGCCAUUGUUGUCCACAUUAAGCGAAAUCAUACUGCUGAGCCUGAAAGCUUGAACAGCAGUCGUAGGUCAAUGUGCUCCUUUCCAGUUAGUUCAAAUGGAGAUCAUUCUUCUGGGAGAUAUGAAGAUGUCCCACAAAAUUUGUCAUUCACCACUCCACCUGUGGCCUUACCCAGACAUACAUCUGCUGUUCGUGUGUCCACCAAGGGCAAAGUGCCCCCAAAUGCAAAACUUUACACAGUAUCUGAACUCCAGUUGGCUACAAAUAACUUCAAUGAAGAAAACUUUCUUGGAGAAGGAUCGCUAGGUUCAGUUUACAAAGCAAAGUUCCCUGACACCAAGGUUUUUGUUGUGAAAAACAUAAACUUGGUAUCUCUGUCUUUCCAUGAAGAAGAACAAUUUUUGGAUGUUGUUCGUAGCAUAUCUCGUUUGCAGCAUCCAAAUAUUGUAUGUCUUACUGGCUACUGUGUGGAGAACGGACAUCACCUUCUUGUAUAUGAAUAUGUCAGAGAUUUGACUCUUGAUAAAGCUCUUCAUUGUAAAUUCUUUUUGCCACUUACCUGGGACCUCCGUAUUCAGAUAGCAGUUGGUGUGGCAGAAGCCCUGAAUUAUAUGCAUUCCUUGUUACCCCCAAUUGCACACUGCAAUCUGAAAGCCGCCAACAUUUUGCUUGAUGAUGUGCUUAAGCCUCAAGUAGCUGACAGUGGACUUUCUAUAUUGAGGCCUCUCACCAGAAACAGUGUCAAAGUCAAGGCUGCUGAGAUGGCUAUCAAUGAUAGUGGCUACAUUCCACAAGAAUAUGGGCAAACAGGAAUAGAGAGCAUAAAGACUGAUGUAUAUGCCUUUGGUGUCUUGCUUCUGGAACUUUUGACCGGAAGAAGGCCAUUUGACAGCUCUAGAGCAACAGAAGAGCAAUGUUUGGUAAAAUGGGCUUCACAUAGACUUCAUGAUUAUGGAUCUCUUGAAGACAUGGUUGAUCCAAUUCUAAGAAGAUCAAUCUCUGCAAAGACUCUCUCGAGAUGUGCUGACAUCAUAUCUUUAUGUGUUCAGCCUGAAAAAGAAUUCCGGCCACGAAUGUCAGAAAUUGUUGAAGCUCUAAUGAGAAUCUUGCCAAAGCCUGGGGCAGAUGUUGUAGAAGGUGAUGCCUUUGAGAGAUCUUUCCGGUCAACUAAAACUCGUUUUUCUGAACUCUCCUGAGAAGCUUCAUGCCUGUAUGAAUUGGUCAGACCAGAAAAUAAAUUUUUGCAGCAAUGCCAGCAACUGCCACUCAACUUAGAGAUAGGAAUAUAGGAUGUGCAAAGCUAUUAUCGUUAACAGUUGGAGUCUUAUUGUAUAGCUCAAUGCCUAAUAAGGCACGGUUACACUGUAAUACUGUGAAUCCAAUGCAAGUUAGCAUUGGUGAGUUAGGCUAUAACUGAAAAAAAAAAUAGGCACAGAGUAAACAAUAGCUCAUGGUUUAACAGUUUCUUAUUCAUAGGUUCAGUUUAUUUUUGUUAAAGGUUUGUUCUCACUCUUCUCAGCAAUGUUUGAUUUCAAAUUCAGAUUAUGUUGAAUACAUUCAGCUAAACAAAAUUCUGAUAGGGAAAACGUAAAGGUAUUCAUCAGAUAUACUGCUUCA